GAGAUGGGCGGCAGACGCGUUUGGCAGUCGCUGGUGCGCCGCCGGAAGACCGCCAGCACCUCCUCGCACUCGCCGGUGCUGCGGCGAGCCGUGACGAACCGGCGGAGGGACGCACCGGCCAGCAACCGGCACACGCUCGACGCAGAGUGGCCCGCCACGCACACGCCGCACCAGCCGGUCGACAGUAAGUUGAAGUCGUUCUCCCUGCCGCGUACACAGUGCGACCCGCAGCCCGACGACGACUCUUCAUACGAGAAGGCUUGUCGGCGGGGCAGCGCUCCGGCUACCCCCGUUCUCAACAGCCGGGGCUUGGAGCUAACGCCAUCUAGGCUUGUGAAUUUCUUCUCCAAACGUUCAUUUCGAUCCAAUCCACUAAAGAGAACUAAGAGUGUCACAAAACUAGAGAGGAAGAGGGUUGUUGAUGCUGAAGGGGUAUGUGGACCACCACGACUACGUACAAGUCGCUCUCACGAGUCACUCCUGUCAGGACAGAGUGUUAUGCAGACUCUGGACCUCGGUGCUGGACCUGUCGAGAUGAAGUUGUUGCACCCAUCUGUGUUGGGAAGAGAUCACUGCUUCCAGAUAACACCACCAAAUGGGAAUACAUGGUAUAUUUCAUGCCGCACUGCAGAUGAACGUGACAAGUGGAUGCACAGUGUGCGGAAAACUGUGCAGCCACACCAAGAGAACAUACGCCGUAUUGACAAUUCUAUGAAGAUAUGGAUACUGGAAGCAAAGGGGCUUGCAAAUAAGAAGAGGUAUUUUUGUGAAUUGUGUCUUGAUAAGACACUUUAUGCCAGAACAUCAUCAAAACAGAAGGGUGAAAUGUGUUUUUGGGGAGAACACUUUGACUUUCACAAUUUACCCCUUGUAAACAUGAUAAAUAUUAAUCUCUUUCGUGAGGCUGACAGAAAGAAGAAACGGGAUAAAAAUGUUCUUGUUGGUAGUGUUUGUAUCCCAGUUCAUGAAGUAACAUCACGUUAUUUGACAGAGAAGUGGUACCCUGUGCUCUCAGAUAAAGGAUUUUCGAAGGAUCCCCCCUCUUUAAGGGUGAAAUGCAGAUUUCAGACAGUUGACAUUCUACCUGUGCAUGUCUAUGAUGAAUUUUUACAGUUCCUGAAGACUGAGUACCGUAUAUUAUGUGAAGUCUUGGAGCCUGCUAUAAGUGUAAAAGCUAAGGAGGAUAUAGCUACAGCUCUUGUGCAUGUUAUGCAACGUGAAGGAAUGGCAAGAGAGUUUCUGGCAGAUGUUGUAAUGAUGGAUAUUGAUCGAAUUGAUGAUGAACGUUUGACAUUUCGGGGAAAUUCACUUGCUACCAAAGCAAUGGAAGCCUACUUGAAGCUUGUGGGAGACCGAUAUUUACAAGAUACUUUAGGGGAUCUUGUGGCUGCUGUUGUUGAGAGUGGCUACGACUGUGAAGUCGAUCCUCUUAAAGUGUCUAGUGUUGCUGCCCUUCAUCGCCAGCAAUCUAAUCUGCGAGCAGCUGUCGAGAUGGCUUGGUCUCGCAUUCUGGCUUCCCAUAAUACUUUUCCAGUAGAGCUGCGUGAGUGUUUCUACACUUUCCGACAGAGGCUAACUGAAAUGGGGCGAGAAGAUAUCAGUGAUAACCUAAUAUCAGCAUCUAUAUUUUUACGGUUCUUAUGCCCAGCCAUUUUAUCUCCGAGCCUAUUUAACAUAACACAUGAAUAUCCCAAUGAGAAGGCUGCUCGUAAUCUUACUCUGGUUGCAAAAACACUGCAAACACUUGCAAACUUCACACGUUUUCAAGGCAAAGAAAAUUUUAUGGAAUUCAUGAAUGACUUCCUAGAACGUGAAGCUCCAGCUAUGAAAAAUUUCUUACAACUUAUCUCGAGUCGGCCAGUGGGUUCACCAAAUUGUUUGGAAUUUGAAGGAUAUAUAGACCUUGGGAAACAGCUGAGUAUUCUGGCAGCAUUGUUGGGGGAAUGUGGAGGCAAGUCUGGUAUGACCAACCAUGGACUGGAGAUGGAACAGCUGCAACAUAUACUUGAUCGUGUUCAUGGAGCUCUUAGCCAGCCAGUUGGCAAACUACCAUCCCCACGGCGUUCUGAGCCAAUGCAUUAUCAGUCUCUCAACAGGAACAUUUUCAGGUACAAUGACCCAACGGUAUGCAGCAACAACAGUGAUAUUUCAACUUCCGUGCACCGAGAUAAAUCGCCUCGUGCAGCCACUCUUCCUCGUAAUGCAUUUCUGCCGAAACUUAGUAUGUCACCUGCAUCAGAUGAUUUCUUUGUUGGGACCAGUGAGGGAGCUCACCAAUGCAGUCCUCACUGCCCUCAGGCACUGGCUGUUGUUCCAGCACAGAGGCCUGCCCCUAGGCCAUUGAAUGCUGUUGUGAAUGGAAAUUUAGAUGAAAUAUCUGACCUCCUUCAUUACGCUGAUGAGGAGGUUAUACCUGAGCACUGCGUUAACAAAGGGAGCCAAAUAUCUAUUUCUCAGCUGUCAAAUGUUGCCUCAUCAGGCUACCAGAGUUUUGCUUACAGCCAAAGUUCGAGCCCAGUCGACUUGAAUGCUGCAAAUAAUAACAAUAACAGUGCAAAUAUUCCUGCACCUGUUAGCAACUCUCAAAGCAACAACAAUGUUGUUCCUACAACUGCUUCAGCACCAUUAGCAUUUACAAAUCCUGUAUACCACUUGGAUGCAACACCUCCAGACUGUCGGCCGGUGCCCCGAAGGCGCUCGUGCAGUUCCUCUUCUGAUGAAAAUGGUGGCUGUGUCGGUGGUAACACUGGUAUUUUGGAACUGCCUUCUGCCACUACUCCUCCACUAGUUCGGCAUUUUUCACCGGCAGUUAGAGUACCACGUACAAACCCACAAUGUGGCAUGCGUAGUGCUGCAAACUGGAGGGCAGUCAAUGGUCAGCCUCAUCACCAUGUCCACAGUACAAGUACAGACCAGAUACUGAGGCGGCGGCUGUCCUUGGAUUCUACACGGGAUCUGUCUGACUCUUCAGAGGAAGAUACGUGCCACAUUCGAUGCAGCAAGAACUGCAGUGCAAAAAGUAUAGAAGAGUAUGAAAGGGAAAUUGAAAAGCUCCAAGCAGAUGUUCAUCUGUUGACCCUGAAACUGGAGCAGGCCGAACAACAGCGAAACUUGGCUGAUUCACAUGACCGGGAUGCUGGCAGCAGUGAAAAUAAAAUGAAAGUCAUUAUAGCUAGAUUGGUUUCUGUGGAGGAAGAGCUUCACCGUGAACAGCGGAAAAUGUCCAGGGCUCUUCUAGACAAGCAGCGUGUUAUUGAAGCUCAGGAACAUAAGCUUCAGCGAGAACAACAGAAAAUGUCAAGAGUUCUGUCAGAUAAGCAACGAGUAAUUGAAGCACAGGAGAACAAAAUAGCUGCACUAGAUGCAGCUAACACUCGUUUAAUAAAUGCACUUGCUACUUUGAAGGAAAAAUAUGACCUACAUGCUUCUGGGCAGAGCUCCCACCUCUUGCCUGAACUUGGUGAACUGAAGAGUUCAUCUUGCUAAAAACAGAAUUGUCAUGCUGCAGUUCUUGCUUUUCACAUUUCUUCACACCCAUGUUUCACUCACAUAUGAGAUUAUGUUUGAUGUCACCUCAUAUUUACUGUGAUUGUGAAAUAACAGCCUGAUAGUAAUAGAGGACAAGGAUAUUAAGAUCUGAUUUGUCAUGCUGGUAUAUACCUCUUUGUAUGGAAAUACUAUGAAACAGUAACAUGUGAAUAGAUGAAUGGUAUUUGAGAGAGUGAUGGCUUACCUAUUUGAAGGAACUAAUGACCUAAUGUUGAAAGAAUGUUGUGAUACAAGACAUGUAGCAGUUAUAUUAUAGUGUAUCCUCAUCCAGUGAAAUGGGACAUGUAAAUGCCUGUGGAUUUGAUACUUUUAAUAAUGUUUGUGGCUAUGUUAGUAUUUAAAACAUGUAUCAGUAUUUGUAAAAGAGACCAUAACAGCAAGUCAUAACAUUAUUCUAUACACAAUAGGACAUACAGUAACAAUAAUAUUUUUUUCUCCUUGUAAUCCAUCCAAAAUUUUGUGUGGUUAUGUUGAGGUUAACUUAAUUUGAUAUGUCUGAAGCAUGUUGUGUAUCUCACUUCCUGUUAUUUGUUGUUUUGGCCUGUAUGAAUUGGAAAGUUGAUUUGAAUUGUAAUAACCAUAUAUCAGUCAUAGCAAGGAAUGGUGGAAAAGGUGAUGCUGCUUGCAAUAGAAGUGAAAGAAUAUUUGAUGGACUUUUGCAGGAAUUGUCCCAUAUUUAAUAGGGUGCUACUUGCUGCACAUUAUUAAUGGGGUUCACAACACUGUAUAAAACCAACAAUUUUACCAUGUGAAUCUGGAAUAUAUGAAAAUGUCACUGCAAUGUUCUCACUUUUGCAUAACUGUUAUUUCCUACAAUAUUAUUGCAGCGAUUAGCUGCUUCUCACUCAAAAUAGACUGCCUCUCUCUUCGUGUAGCCAUCACAUGUAAAGCUGUUUCAGUUCUGAAAACAAUUUUGAUUAUGUACAAAGCUAACCAGUUCUCAUCACGCAUUGUAUUAAAGUGUGUUGAUAAUAGUUCACUAAAAAGAAAUCAUCAUUUGAAGUCAGAGCUUAAAACCUGUGAUUUUUUAAAUACAGUAUUUUAUUUGCACACUCCAUUCUUCAAUUAAAUAUAUCACAUGCUAGGAAAUAAUAUAUGCAAAGUAUUUUUCAAAUAUUAGAUAUUGGUAUUUUACUAACCAGCUGUGCAAAACUUCCAUUGCACAAAUAUUUUUUCACUGUUGUACUGAACGUUAGAUAAAAAUGUAUUUGAAACUGAUAGAAACUUUCUCUUGCUAACAAAGAAUUCAAUGGUACAUUCAGGUAAAGGCUGUGAAAGCUGGAAAGAGAAUGAAGUUUGUUAUUUUGUCAUAGGGAUUUCAGACCAGUUGUAAGAAAAAAAAGGCUUGUCCCAAUCUUGUCAUAAACAUUUCUCAUCAUCAUUGCAGACACCAUUCGAGACCCAUUUUCAGCUCAGAGCAUUAGCUGUAAGAACUGCACUUUCAGAAAUAGUCUAUUUAAACAGGUGCACCAAUGCUUAGAACUGCUAUCAUAAUGUAUGACCCUUGAAGUGUACCCAUGAAAUAGUCUUAAUAGAUGAAGAAAUUUCUGAAUAGUUUCUUCCUCUGUGCUUUGCAUUUAUGUUUUAAAUUAUAAAUGAAGAUAGUACAACUAGUUGGAAGUUAGUAUAUGUCUCACUUCUUAUAAAUGGUUUAAACCAAAUCCAGUAAUUUUUGUAAGUCUGUUAUUAAUGCAAUCUAGCAUUAUUUUACCAUAGCUUCCUUUUAUGUCUCUCUUUCAUGUGUUCUUACUUCAGUGAACAAAUAUCAUUAAUAUUAUGUUAAAUACAACAAAGCAGUAUUUUUCCUAAAAUUUAUUUAAAGGAGUAUUGAAACUAGAGAAAAAAGAAAUAAUCAUAAAAAACAAUUACUCUCUUAGUAUUAUAUUUGUGUCGCCAAUGAACAGAGAAGUAUGUGUACUGUUUUAUUGUCAUUUAAAGAAAAUAGAUGUCAUUUACUUAAAUGUCAUUGCACUUAAAUUCUGUAAUUGUGUUUGUGUGCUGUUGUAAGUGUCAAAAUAUAAAAUAUUGAAUGUUAAAUCAGCUGACCCUUCAGAUCAUACCAGUAUAAUUGAAAUGAAUUUCUCAUGUAUUUAUGAUAGGCUUGUAUUGAAAAAAAUAUUGUAGUCAUGUAUAUGAAGUUCUGUGUUACCUGAUUAUCUGUUCUUGCUGCAUGUUUUAAUCUUGAUCUGAUACACAUUUCGUCUGUCACAGCGGUUGUUUCAUUAGACUUCCAUAUUACAACAUUUGUGUUACAUCUCAUCUAUUAAUUGAGAUUGUAUUAAUUGUGAUUAGUGUAUUACGUAUAGUUCAAGGUGUAUAUGUAUGUUGUAAAUUUCUUAUUACCAAAGAUUAGUUUUGUUCAAAUCUAUGUCAUAUUGUCUCUACAUAUUGUGUACUGAAUGUUGUUCUGUUUUUGUAGGGAUAGUACUGACAUUAAAUAGAAACACACUGUACUAUGUAUAUUGCACUUGAAAGUGGUAUUAAAUAAUCUAUGUAAUUAUUUAUAUAUAAUUGUUUGAUUAUGAGCACAAAUGUUAGUUUUUAUUGCUGAUUGUGUAAAAUAUUUUACAUUUUUUUACAUUCAAAGUGCAAAACAGAUUUUCAUACAAAAUAUUUGUAAUGUGUAUUUUGUUUUCUUUUUUAGAUAAUUUCCUUGUUUGUUUACUUUAUUGUCACAUCGGAUUUAUAAAUAAUUUAAAUAGUAUUUCAUUAUGUACACAGUAAUUUAUUUUUACAUAAGACAAAUGUUAGUCUCGUUCCAUUUAUGUGUUGGAGUCUUACUCGUGUAAUUUGUAUCAUAACUGACAUCUUCCCACCCCAGGAUUUAAUAAAGUAUUUAGUUGAAU